CCACACUCCGUGCUGGUCAUAACUGACUUCUCUCCUCCGGCACCCCCACGGCUUUAUUAAACCACCACCACGGCCACCACAAACACCUUCACCUGCCCGGCUGCACCUGGGCCACCAGCCCUCUGAGACAUGGACGCCUUGCCGCUAUCUUUUAUACUGACGCUUCUAAUGACAAGCACGAGCGGGCGGCGGGCGGAUUUCAGACAUGGAGGGUUCCCCAAGUUCCCAGCGGCGUCGGUGGAAGCGGCAAGCGUGAGAGACGACCUGCCCCUGCCAGAGACGCCCUCCUGCGGUCGCACCGGCUCCCCAAGGAUUGUCGGGGGCGCGGUCGCCACUUACGGCAGCAACCCCUGGCAGGUGAUGAUCGAGGUGUACCGACGAGGAGAGGGCUUCACCCACCACUGUGGAGGCGCCAUCAUCUCCAGCUCCCAUAUCAUUACCGCCGCCCACUGCCUCCAGGUCCCGGGGCUCACUCGUCACGACUACCGCAUCAAGGUGGGAGACCAUGACCGGAACGUCUGGGACCCAGCCGAGCAGAUGUUUGAGAUUGACUCCUGGGUCAUCCAUCCCGAGUUCGGUGUAGGUGGUCACUACAACAACGACAUAGCAGUGGUGAAGGUGCUCCCUCAGCAAGGCAAAGGCUUCCAGAUGUCCAGAUUUGUGAGCCCAGCGUGUCUGCCCUCGCCCUCCACCCCCUACGUGCCCGGCACCAAGUGUCGGGUCGCCGGCUGGGGACUUACUGAUGCUGAGGACUUCUUCUCGAAGACGGAUGUGUUACACAACACAGAGAUCCUCCUCUUGUCGAACACUGACUGCCAGGAGAUGCUUGGGUCCCGAGGCUAUGGUCCUGGUAUGAUCUGUGCAGGAUACCUUGACGGGAAGAAGGACUCCUGUAAUGGCGACUCCGGGGGUCCUCUUGCGUGUAAUAUUGAUGGUUCAUACACUCUGAUGGGCGUGGUGUCGUGGGGCAAGAAUUGUGGCAAGGCUCGCCAGCCAGGAGUGUACUCACACAUACAGUACUACCUGGAUUGGAUCCACAGUGUCUUAUAAACCAGGAGGACCUACAGUGAUGCUGGCCACUCCCUCGUCGUGCUGCCUCGCCUUGCUGUGGUCUCACCUACAGUGAUGCUGGCCUCUCUCCCUCCUCGUACUGCCUCGCCUUGCUGUGGUCUCGCCUACAGUGAUGCUGGCCUCUCUCCAUCCUCGUGCUGCCUCGCCUUGCUGUGGUCCCCUUCAUCAGUUGGGCUGUACUGUGCUUCACACAUCUUCAGCACUAGCUUACAAACAACUAGCCAGAAUGAAAAGGAGAUGAAUAAUAUUAGAUAUAAAGAUGGCGAAGAUAGCCAGCAAGUUCAGUAAAGACAAAGUUGUUGUAAAGAUGGUGAAGGUUGUUCGCAAGGUCAGUAAAGUGGUGAAGGCAGUUAGCAAGGUCAGUAAAGUGGUCACAGUAGUUUGCAAGGUCAUUAUGGACUAUUUACAAAAAAACAGUAGCCAUUAUUAUGCCUACAGCUACCCUAGUUUUAGACAAUUUAAUGAUGCCAAAUACAAUAUUCUCGUCACAUAUUUUGCACAAGAACUGAACAGGCCUGACUCUAAUAAAAACGAAAGAGAAUAACACAAACUUAAUGAGAUUAACUAAGCAAUUACGAUAUAAAUUUUAGUCAUAACAAUUCCACGAGUUUCCUAAAUACUGCAGAGCAUUUAGGAUGCAAUGUGUAAAUACACAUUGAAACAAUCGUGAAUGUUUCUCAAGUGUCCCUCAAUGAAUUGGGUGGAUGGGAUGAAAUCAUGAUUCAACACUAGCAAAAUCUUUGCCACUGUGUUUAGGACUAUUUAAUAUGGGCAAGUUCUCACCUGUACACUGUACUGGAUGUAUGGAAUCGACUUGAGAAUGGUCCAGGAUGGACCGAAACGUCGUCAUCCCUUCACCUUCUAGUGUGUGGUUUGGUCAACAUUUUUCAGCCACGUUAUUGUGACUCAUCGCCUGCAUAUGUAUGCAUUAACAACCAACGUUAUCAUCCACAAAUUACAUAUAAAGUUCAUACAGAAAGUCAUCAGAUAAACAUCAUGCCAGAGGAAAAUGUCCCUGAAUGUGCUUCACAGUUUAUGCAAGGCUGGAUGACAGCAGUGGUGGCUGACACCAGUGGUGGAUGACUCCGGUGAGGAACAACCUUCCUGGAAAGUUGAGAUAUACAUAGCCGUGAUAAAAAGGUUGACGAAAAACGCCACCAUUGUUAUGUUGUUAUAUUAAGAACCGAAUCCAAUACCAGUUUGAUUACUAAAUAAAUGAUAAAUUUGUUGAGAUACUUUAAAUGUGUAAUUACUAGUCUCUUGUCUUCUUCACACAGCACUUGCUACACAAACUAGGCCUAGUAAGCAAGGACAGUAGGCAUGUUGCCAAACAGCCAACACAAUUUUGAAUAUAAGUAAUAAUAAUUUGUAAUAAUUUUCUAUCUCUUCCAAACGUUGUAUGUUCCAGAUGAAAAAACAGUACAUUAACAGUACAUCAGUAUGCCUGUUAUUUCUAAACUAUUCCUAAGCAAAUUAGUAACAGAAUGUAAACAAUACAAUAUUUUUAUUACAUUCAAUACAGACAAGUGUUGUCAUACUGUAAAACAUACUAAAGUAGUCUGGUUAUUGGGGAAAAUUACCCUUUGUGCACUAGGCCUAGUUUUUGUAGUUUGAUUAUUGUGUGUGUGUGUAUAUAUUUAUAUACUUUACAACCACUAGAAAUUAGAAACAUAAUGAAGACAUUUGACCAUCAUGGACUUCUGUUUCUAAUUUCAAGUUGUCUUCUACACAUAUGUGCACAAGUUUGCAAAUACUUAAUGCCUCAUUCCUUCACGGAAGUGAGUGACUAUGAUAAUUUAGGACAUGUUAGCCAAGUGAGAGGGUUGAACGCGUGUGUGAAGAACACGAUUGGGUGUGUGCGCGCGUGUGUGGUCAAGGUGUGCUCUAAAUCUUCAUGUGUGUGUAUACAGGCUCUCUGAUCAUGCAUAAUCAGAUUUACCUUAUUUAAAUUACAAAUACAGCAUAUGUUAUUUAUUUUCUUAUCGUCAUUUUCUUAUGUAUGAAUGAAGAAUUUUGUGAAAUGUAAUGUUAAUCUAAAUUGUGAUUUUAUCUUAAUCACCCUAUUUGAAGUAAUCAUAUUGUCAGCACAAAUGAUGAAAUAAACUGGUACUGAGCAGCAGGUGUAGACUACUGUUAUGGUACUGAGCAGCAGGUGUAGACUACUCUUAUGGUACUGAGCAGCAGGUGUAGACUACUCUCAUGGUACUGAGCAGCAGGUGUAGACUACUCUUAUGGUACUGAGCAGCAUCAAAGGCUGGUACACAUAGACAAACAUUACAUUUCACAACAUUGAGCAGGAGAUGGGAUGGUGUCACAGAACAUAAUACUGGGCAUUUGUCAUUUGAGCAAUAUGAGACCAUGUAACCUUAAAUUGUAUGCCAGUCUAAUGUGUCUAUAUCAAAACCUGUGAUUUAGUUAAGUUGUACAGCACUGUGUGGGAAAAAUGCAUUGAUUGAACAAAUCUUGCAAUUUCUGGUUUUCAGUGCUAUAGUGUUGUUAGUAUCUGCAUCAACAGCAGCAGAGCUUUUUAAUUGGUUGUUGAACAAUAAGUUGAACAGUUUUGUUUUACCUGUCAUUGACAACAGCAUGCCUAAGAUGCAAUGAACUUCUGUCCACUUACAAAUAACUUCCCAUCUUCUUAUCUUUACUAUUGUAUAUUAUAUACAGAAACAGUAUUUAUAUCUAUUUUUUUUAAGUCUUACUAUAUUUUAAUGAUACAAUUUAUCUAUCUUUGCAUAUGACAUUUAAAUGUUGCCCAGACAUAAAUGAGAUUUGGACACAUGAUUUGCCUGUGAAUACCUAGUCAAUGGAUUAAAAGUCUAUACAUUUA